AUGCCCGCCCACCCUGAUUCAGAUAUCCACCCAGAGGCCACCGGCCCCGCCAAGGCGCUGGUUGAAAAACAUCGGGCGGAACAGCCGCUGAAGUUGUAUGCGGGGUGGUUCUGUCCAUUUGUUCAACGCGUCUGGCUUGCCCUCGAGGAGAAGCAGAUCCCAUACCAGUACAUCGAAGUAAACCCAUACAACAAACCUGAUUCUCUUCUCACUCUCAAUCCCCGCGGCCUCGUUCCAACCCUCUCGUGCCCCACUGACCCGCAGCCUCAACCGCUCUAUGAGUCCACCGUGAUCUUGGAGUACCUGGAGGAGGCAUACCCGUCACACAAACCAAGCUUCCUUCCACAGGAUCCGUACGAGCGCGCCCGUGAGCGUAUCUGGAUCGACUACGUCACGUCGCGCAUCAUUCCGUCCUUCCAUCGCUUCCUGCAAUACCAGCCCGCCGAGGGUGGUGGUGCGGAAGACGAUGUGGGAUUGGACAAGGCACGGCAAGACUUUCUGGGCCACCUCAAAGCCUGGACAAAGGAGAUGCACCCCGAGGGGCCCUUCUUCCUUGGCUCCGAGGUGAGCUUGCCUGAUCUUGUGCUAGCACCGUGGGCAGUGCGACUGUGGGUAUUUGAUGCUUUUAAGAGCGGUGGGUUGGGGGUUCCUGCUGAAGGACGCGGUGGUUCUGACGAGGUAGUAUGGAGAAGGUGGAGAAAAUGGGUAUCUGCGCUUCAGAAACGGAAGAGUAUUCAGGAGACAACAAGUGAGAAGGAGUAUUAUCUGCCUAUCUACAAGCGGUAUGCGGAUAAUACCGCGCAGAGUGAACUGGCAAAGGCCACUAGGGCUGGCCGGGGUGUUCCAUAA